GAUUACAUGCUGCUGAAUCCUAUCUCUACUUCCAAGAAACGCAGCCAAAACCCUAUGGUUUUAAUAUCCUAUCACGACAGCGAGAGGAGCAGCGCAACGCCCCUCCUGAAUCCUGUUGGAUAUGGAAGCCGACGACAUAGAUAUGGAGCUAGCAGCCGAGGUGGAGAUGGAUAUAUUUGAUGGAACCGCCGCCGAAUCAUCUUCCAGUUUCUCCGGUGCCUCAACUUCCUCCAAACGCCUUGCAAUCAAGAACACUAUCCAGACCAAUUUCCACGAGGAUUACGUCUUCCAGAUAGCUUCGAGUCCUGAGAUUUCGACUCUGGCUGUUUCUUUGUCGUCGAAGACCAUCAAAUUGUACUCUCCAGCCACCGGGCAAUUUCUUGGUGAAUGCAAAGGUCACAUGAGCACCAUACAUGAGAUUAGCUUUACCGUGCCUUCCUCGCCAAAUCUUCUGUGUUCUUGUUCUUCUGAUGCUACUGUCAGAAUGUGGGAUACGAGGACUUUCAAGCAGGUUUCUUUAUUAAAAGCAGCUUCCUAUCAAGAAAUAUUUAGCUUUUGUAUUGGCGGAUCAAGCACUAAUCUUCUUGCUGGUGGAGGUAAAUCCGAGAUUUUCUUCUGGGAUUUGAGAAGUAGUAAGCAAGUAGCUUGCUUGGAAGAAUCUCACAUGGAUGACGUAACUCAAGUACGCUUCACUCCUAAUCAGCAAAACAAACUCAUUUCCUCUUCUGUUGAUGGAUUGUUAUGUCUUUUUGAUACUGUUGGACAUAUUGAUGAUGAUAAUCAUUUGGAAUCUGUAAUGAAUGUUGGAACAUCUAUUGGGAAAUUUGGGUUCUUUGGGGAGAAGAAUCAAAAGCUUUGGUGUUUAACACAGAUUGAAACUUUAAGUAUUUGGGAUUGGAGGGAUGGGAGAAGAGACAUCAACUUUGAAGAUACCCGUACUUUAGCAUCAGAUCAAUGGAAUCUUGACCACAUUGACUACUUCGUCGAUUGCUACUAUUCUGAAACCAAAGAUCGCUUGUGGGUAAUCGGCGGCACCGGAGCUGGGACAUUGGGAUACUUCCCAAUCAACUGCACUGUUCCAGGUGUAAUCGGUUCUCCAGAGGCUAUUCUUGAAGGAGGCCAUACUGGUGUUGUGAGAACAGUGCUACCAGCAUCAAUGACUCAUCAAGGAAUCCUUUCAGAAAAGAAAGGUAUCUUUGGAUGGACUGGUGGUGAAGAUGGCCGCCUUUGUUGUUGGUUAUCAGAUCAAAAUCUAGAAGCUAACAAGUCAUGGGCAUCCAGCACUCUCGUCAUGAAAUCUCCCCGGGCUCGUGGCAAAAACAGGCAUCUGCCAUAUUGAGGUAGUAGUCUUAUUACAGUUGUUGAAUAAGAGAUUGCAAUCUGCAUAUAUUUACUAUUGUAUUUAAUGCUGGCAAGGAUGCCUGUAAGCUUCUCUCAAAUUUGCAUUUAUGCUUCUACCUACAGAGGACGCAGUGGGUGGUAGUAGAGAAGCCAGAGAAAAAAUAUAAAAAUUGUAUGAAUUAUUUGUACGAGAUUUUUGUGGUUCAAGAUUAUAAAUAUGUUCAAUUUAGUUAAUUGACUCCUCAAAUAAGAUUCAAUUUUUUUUUUUAUUGAAUUAUUUUGGAUCAAAUUUGAAGAGUUGAUGUACUAAACUGGAUAUAUUAGAUAGUCUGUGAGAAGGACUCUAUAUAAAUGA